GCAGAACCUCGACCGCGACUGUGAGCCGGAACGACCGAGGAGAAACGAAGGGUGUGUCGACUCUGUCCCAGGCGGCCCUUUCUGCACGCACCUCCUCGUCUGACCGAUUCCAAUGUACUAUCGUCCAAUACUUAGUUGUUUACCAAUCUAGCGACCCUCCGAUCCGCAAGCAACCUGAGUGCGCGAUCCCCUCCUGCAUAGCUUCACAUCAUCGAUUUGAGCCCGCCAGCCAUGCCCCCUCGUACAUCAACACGGUCGGGCCGCGCCUCGACGAGGAGCUCGGCCGCCAACACGACCGCACGCGCAUCGCGUGCAUCAUCCGCCGUCGCCUUCGACGUCCCCGAGGAAUCCCCAGACAAUGAGCUUCGAACGCAGGUCGCCGCGGUCUUUCGCGAGGCCCAGAGGAAUACCGCGACACACCGAAAGUCGGCCGUCACGCUGCGCAAGCUACAGGAGGCAUGCUGCUACGAGCCGACCAGUGCCAAGAAGGCCACGGCGGGCGACUUCGACGAAGACGACUUCAACACGGAACUCAUUCGGUGUGUUCUGCGCAUCAUGCCCGUGAGGAAGAGCGAGGCCGUGGGCGAGAGGACCAUCCGGUUCGUCGGCGUGUUUAUGCGACACUCCAUCGACAAGGACAACGAACUCGCAGGGGACGUCGACGAAGACGCAAGCACAAUGCCCGAGACACCGAGCACGAGGCUCACCUCCAGACUCAUGGACGCCAUUUUGCCGCUGAUGAUGGCCAAGGACAAGUUUGUCAGAUACCGAUCCACCCAGCUCGUCGCCCACAUCGUAAACUCCCUCGACGCCAUCGACGAUGAUCUUUUCCAGAAGCUUAGGUAUAGUCUGCUCAAGAGGAUUCGCGACAAGGAGGCCAUGAUCCGCGCCCAGGCGGUCCUUGGCCUCGGCCGUUUGGCAGGAAACCAGAUCGAGGCCGAGGCCAACUCCGAUAGCGACGGAGACGAGGCGAGCGGCUUGCUGGAGAAGCUCCUUGAAGUGCUUCAAAAUGACCCAAGUGCAGAUGUCCGACGGUCACUGCUUGUCAACCUACCGAUUUUGCCGAAUACGUUGCCAUUCUUGCUUGAGCGGGCAAGAGAUCAAGACGCCAUGACCCGUCGUGCUGUUUACUCCCGUCUCCUGCCCGCACUUGGUGACUUCAGGCAUCUGUCACUUUCCAUGCGAGAGAAGCUUCUGCGCUGGGGCCUCCGAGACCGAGAUGAGACAGUCCGUAAGGCGGCUGGUAAACUUUUCCGUGAACGGUGGAUCGAGGACUGCGCGGGUGCCCCGCCGUUGAAUGAUGACGGGCAGCCCACCGAGCUGCCUGCGCCAAGCUUCGACGGUCUGCUUGAGCUCCUUGAGCGUAUUGACGUGGUCAACUCCGGAGUCGAGAACGGGGUCGGCCUGGAGGCCAUGAAAGGUUUCUGGGAGGGUCGCCCGGAUUACCGGGAGGCUGUCACGUUCGAUGACAAUUUCUGGGACACUCUUUCCGCCGAGUCUGUAUUCAUGGCCCGGAGUUUCAACGAGUUCUGCAGGAACGAGGGAAAUGGCAAAUACGAAGAGUUGAUCGAAGAGAAGCUGCCUGAGGUUACGAAGCUCGGGUUCUAUCUCGAACGAUAUGUCAAGGUUCUCACGGAUGCAUUGAAGAGGAUAGAGCAACGGGAAGAGCCUGAAGACGAGGAAGAUGAGGAGGACACUGUGGAACAAGAGUUCAUCGUGGAACAACUCCUUCACAUCGCAUUGACUCUCGACUAUUCCGACGAGGUUGGGCGCAGGAAGAUGUUCUCGCUGCUCAGGCAAACGCUGUCCAUUCCCGAACUCCCCGACGAGGUCACGAAGCUCACCGUCAAUGUCCUCCGAGAUAUCUGUGCACCCGACAAUGCGGGUGAGCGGGAGUUCUGCAGCGUCGUUCUCGAAGCGGUGGCAGACGUGCACGAUACGAUUCUGGACGAACCCAACGAUGACGAGAGCUUCCACUCUGCCCAAUCCGAGGUCGAUGAAGAUGAAGAAUCUGCUAAGAGCGCAAAGCACGACAAAGAAAACGAUCUGACGGAAGAGGAAGCUCAUGCCAAGGCAGUCAAGGAGAUCGUCAUCAACAUGAAGUGUCUUCAUAUUGUGCAGUGCAUGCUCACCAACGUCAACGGUAGCCUGCAGGAGAAUGACCACUUGGUAUCUAUGCUUAACAACUUGGUGGUGCCAGCGGUCCGCAGUCACGAAGCACCUGUGCGAGAGCGUGGUCUGCUCUGUUUGGGUCUCUGCUCCUUGCUUGACCGGUCUCUUGCUGAGGAGAACCUGACGCUAUUCAUGCAUUUCUUCAGCAAGGGCCACACUGCGCUGCAGAUCACAGCCCUGCACAUCCUGACGGAUAUUCUCAAUGUCCAUGGAUCUCAACUUCUGUCGAACAACCCCAACUUACUCAAGGUCUAUGUCAAGGCUCUGAGGUCAGGCGCCAAAUCACCUGAGGUACAGGCUGUCGCCACCAUUGCAGCGUCGAAGCUUCUUCUUGGCCGUGUCGUCACAGACAUUGACGCCUCCGCGGAACUGCUCAAGACACUUGUUAUUGCCUACUUUGAGCCAGCAAGCUCGCAGAACCAAAGUGUCCGACAGGCGCUCAAUUACUUCCUGCCGGUCUUCUGUUACUCGCGUCCUGAUAAUCAGGAUCUCAUGCGAUCAGUGGCACUCGACGCCUUGCAUGCAUUGUACAACGUCAGAGAGGGUCUCGAGGAUGAUGAUGCGGACGUCGACGACGAGAUGGUCAGCUUGUCGACCAUUGGAGCUUGCUUGGUGGAUUGGACAGACCCAAGGAAAUGCUACUCCCCUGAUGCGGGCGCCGACGCGGAAAAGAAGACCAACAUCAACGGUGAUGUCCAUCUCGAGUUCGCGAGGAACGUGCUGGAGAGACUGGACUCCAAUUGCAGCAAGGACGAGAAGAAGGUGGUUGCCGCCCUCCUUGGCAAGCUGUACAUCUCGCCGGCUUCCACCGAGGAGAAGCUGCGCGAGCUUUACGCCGAGGUCUCCGACGCCGUGGAGACAAACCUCAUAUCAGAUACCACAGGCCGCAACGCCCUCUACAAGAUCCAUGUCAGCCUCGGCAAGAUUGUCAACAACCUCGACCAGCAAAAGGAGGCGGGCUUCCGGAGAUCCACUGCUAGUCGCAGCGUGUCUCUGGCGCCGGAGCCCGCAGGGCCCGAGGAUCGGACGAUGGUCGGCCAGGAGCCGCGGAUCAAGGAGGAGGACGAAGAGGAAGACAACGAGUCCAGGCUCGAGGCCGACGAUAGUAACGAUACGGUCAGGCCCAAGUCCGAGGAUGCCACGGAGGCUGGGGACGGAGACUCGCUAGUGAGCGAGCUGCUAGACGACGACGGCGACACUAUUAUGGGCUGAAGUAGUCUGGGUUGAGCUUGCAUUACGGUCCUUAUGACUUUCUUUAUUUCGUGUCUAUGCCUACCUGCCUACGGGUGUUGGGAUCAAGGGUUGGUCGCAGCUGUACUUGGUUCGGGGCGGAGGUCGGAUUCUUCACUGUGUUGAUGAGAAACGCAAAUUGAUUUUAUGCACAAACGAAACAUCUUCCACACUCUGCCACAGAUAAGGGUAGCCAGGUAUCAAACAUCUAUGUGGAUCUGAUCUUGGUUCUCCGAGCUAAGAUUCAUAUCCUCUAUGUGAUUAGUUAUUGCCUUGAGCCUAGCCAGUACAAAAGGCCCCCUAAUCCUACAUUUGCAAAUAUAUGCUGCCCCAGGCUCCACGCCAUGCAAUAAAGAUAUUUGGGCGAGAAGACCGUCCAGAUAAACAAAUGAGUCCUCAGCGCGGUACAGGCCGCCAUCACAGACCCCACACUCGCAGCCGCGAACACAGUCAAUAGCGUCACAUGCCGCCUAUACACGCCCUUCUCGAGACCAGCCUUCCUCUUCCGCACCAGCAGCACGUUGGUGGCAGACACCCAGUACAGAGGGCCGGCCCAGUUGCUGACGAACGUGAGCACGCCAACGGUGAAGACGUCAAAAUUCCGGACGCCGUUGUACGCGCUGGACAGGUCGACGCUGGAGAUGGCGUUGGUGCCGCCGAGGGCGAAGAAGGACAUGUACUGCAGCAGGAGGGAGGUGGUCGAAAGCUCGGCGAGGGAGAGGUCCUGCGCGGCGAGGAACUUGUACUGGACGUCAAAGAGGAGGAACAGCGGGAUGUUGGUCGCGCGGGACUGCGUCAUGGCCAGCAGCGUGUACAGGUGGUGCAGAGUCUCGACGGCCGAGGAGCGCCGCGAGACCUUGCGGCCGGUGGCGACGAAGAGCACCACGCACGCGGCGCCGAGGCCCAGCCCGACGAAUACCGCCUGUGCGCGCGAGACGAGCGGGAUGCCCUCUGUGACGCCCACGAGGGACCGGGCGAACCCGGUCACGAGCUCGGGCGCGUCCUCGUUGGUGAAGGCGAGCUUGAAGGUGAAGCCGGCGAGGACGACGGUUGUGCUCCCGAAGAUGGCGAGGGAGGCGGGGAGGCCGUCGAAGCCCUGGAGGAGCGCGCGGUGGAUCCAGAGGUAGGUGAUGCUGAUGAGGGCCCAGAGGCGCACUGGCUCGGUGAUGAUGAAGGAUUUGACAAUGUCAGGCUCUCCGGCGAACUUCUGGCCUGUCUGGUUCCAGCCUCUGAUGAUCCGGGUCAUGACGGCCACGGUGGCGACUGCUACUGCUUGUCCUACUGCCGACUUUGAGGUUCCGUGGAAGCCUCUGCAGCUGACGAAUGCGAGCCAGGCUGUUGUUGCGUAGUACCAGAAGUGAUGCUCCUCUUCCACGUAACUGCUGGCAAACAUCAUCACGCCGUAUGCGAUGGUGACGACUGUCAGCGGCAGGGCUCUCACUGACAGCCUGCCAGCGUUCAAGUACGUGGCAUACACCGCCACUAACGUAGCUGAAAUGGCAGCUGCUUGGCCAAGGGUGAGCCUCGUCAUAUCGUAAUUACUGGCCAUGCUGCUCAGGAGGCCUUGAGCAUUUCUUAACCAGUCCGACGUGGUAGAGAUCCAUACAUCAUCUACGUCGCCCGUGCUUUUCAUGGCUCGAGCGGACUCGACGAUUUGGCGCCACCCACAGGCCAGCUUUUCAACCUCGUCUUCCGGCUGUAGGCAAGUGUCACCGCCACUCUCUACCUCGAAUAGAUACCCUCCGAAAGUGGUCUUUAUGAUAGCCAGUAUCUGCUCAGCGUUGCGCAUGAGAAUCUGUAUCUGAUCGGCCUUGUUAGACCAGAACGGCAGGAAGUCCACAAUGAAUGCGCCCAGGUUGUUCUUGGGCACCGGAAAGCCGAGCAAGGCCCCAAGUGUAGGAGCAAGAUCAGAUUGCUCCACAACAGAGUAAUACUGGAAGUCCUCUUGAACGUCCAUUGGCACCUCAAAGGCGGUCUUCAACGUCUUCAUUUUUGGGGAUAUGAAGACUAACGCCGGAGAGGUCUCGCCAGGCGCCGAGCCACCAUGAUUUCCAGCAUCAUUCAUUCCAUGGUCUCCCAGUAGCACCAGAAGCGUUGACUGGAGGUGAGGCUGAGAUUCGAUUGCGGCGUAAAUCUGUUCCACCAUACCAUCCAUCUCAACCUGCUUCGGAAGCAUGUUCGAGCUGCGCGGUCCCCCUUUGUGACCUAUGUGAUCUAGGCCGAGGUAAUGCAACACCAUGGUGCUCCAAUCGUCAUUCUGAAGCUCACCUGGGACGUGUCUUGUGACAUUGUUGUCCACCUCGGUGAAAUCAGCGACGAAGAAGCUCGACGUCCCGUCCGCACGGUCGAAGACGUUGGGAAACAGCUUCAGCCAGGUGUCGUCCCCAUACAUGAGCAGCUUGCCAGUGUCCUUUGCCUUCAUCUGGGCGAGCCAUGUAUCCUGAGAAGCCAGGGAGGAUGACUCGUCUCCUUCAUCGAUGUUCAGUAUGACGUCGAGAAAGGAGGGAAUCGAGCCUGUCGUUAUGGCCUUGAUGCGCGGCAUGGUGACGGUGGGCGACGUCGCGUGUGCGGUGAAGGGAAUGGCACAGCCAUCGCGUAUCAGGGCUUGAGUAUAUCGAAAGCCGGAGCUGGGGGAGUAGACAAAGUCACUCCGCAGGGCAUCUACAACCAUGAAGACGACCCGGUCGAACGGUGCAGCCGGUGGGGGCCCAUGCUCGGUAUUAUCGUAAGCUGCCAGGCCUGGGAGCAGUGGUUUGUAAGGGAAGAAUCCUGUCGCGAAUACAAUGAUCGCGACUGGUAUCAGGAGGUUCGCUGCGACGAGCAGGAUGGUCGAGAGAGCCGUCGAGCCAUUUCGAGGGCCCUGCAUCUCAGGCGCAAACCGGGACCGACCAGCGCGAGGAACAGAGCAGGCCGAAGGUGUUAUUAGAAAGAAGUAGCGCUAAACAGGCUUGGAACGACACUCCAUUGCAGUCGCGAGGGGUUCGAGAGUGAUGUGUGCACAAAGUUGUCUAUUGG